UUCGUCUACGGUCUUCUUCUUACAGAGAAACACGUCCGGUUAUACCAGUUUGAUCGUGCUGGCGCCGUCUUCUCAGGGCGCGUCCCGAUACAUAAUGAGGCCACGACUUUCGUCAAACUCAUCCUCGCGCUGUCUACUGUGGACGAGGUGCAGCUCGGUUUCAAUGACAGAAUCAGAUGGAAGAAUAAUGAUCUGUAUUGCAUAAUGGACGGAGUCGGUACGUACAAGAUCUGCAACGUGAAGCCGUUCCAUAGACGGACGAUACGGGGGAGAGGGACAACAUGCUGGGUUGUCGAGGAUCCGGACGAGCAGGGCAGCCGACUUCUGCUUAAGUUUGCCUGGCGGACUCUAGACCGCGUACCGGAAUGGGAGUUUCUCGAAGAGAUCCAGCGCAAGUGUGGGCGUAUACCAGGUGUCAGCGAGCUCCGCGGUCGCGGGGAAAUCGAGCGGAUCUCGGACCUGCGCAACGGCGCCCCCUUGCUCACCCCUACAAACAAGACCAUCAACGAUCGUCAAUACUACUACGUCUUUCAGCCCUUUUAUGGGCGAACGCUAGAGAAGGCACCAAACACUUUGAUACUCUUGGAAGCUUUCCGUGACAUUAUCGCAGCCCAAUGGGAGCUGGCACGGCUUGACAUCGUGCAUCGCGACAUCAGUACGCAAAACAUGCUGCUCAACGAAAGGCCCGAUGCGCAAGUGGGUGAGCGGGGGGUCCUGAUUGAUUUUGACAUGGCCAAGCGUGUUAUCCGAGAUAAGAGUGGGGCGGAAACCGAUUUCCGAACGGGCACUCGUGUUUUCCAGUCCAUCAAGGUACUGAUGGGUUAUGGGACCCACGACUACCUAGAUGACCUUGAGUCAAGUUUCUACGGUAUAACAUGGAUCGCAUGCACGAGCGAUCGC